UCCCGAACAGGAAGAGGAAGAUCGCGGAAGAAAGUGGAAGUGGACUCACCAACGACUUAGCCAGUGGCGAACAGAAAGACUCUUACAGGCGAAGGGUGCCUUAAUUGAGAGGAUACGCGAGAGGACUCGAGUCCCGCAAACUACGAAAGGAACCAUCGUUGAAGACAAGCAGAGGACGAAAGAAGGAAAAUGUCGUCUUCAGCGAUUGCCAAGACCUCUAAGUACACGUACCGCUCCGGGGGCGGUGCCGCCGAUGUAAGCAUCGAAUACAGCGCCGACCUGAGCGCUCUCAGCAGACUCGAGGACAAAAUCCGCCUACUGCAGGAUGACCUGGAGUCUGAGAGAGAGCUGCGUCAGAGGAUCGAACGCGAGCGCGCUGAUUUAAGCGUGCAAGUCAUCCAGCUAUCCGAACGUCUCGAAGAGGCUGAGGGUGGCGCCGAAUCUCAAUUUGAGAUCAACAAGAAGAGGGAUAUGGAACUGGCCAAGCUGCGCAAACUACUCGAAGAUGUCCAUCUUGAGAGCGAGGAGACCGCACAUCUCUUGCGCAAAAAGCACCAGGAGGUCGUUGUUGACUUCCAGGAUCAAAUCGAUCAACUUUCGAAAGCACGUGCCAGGGCUGACAAGGAAAAAUCCAAAUUCCAGCAGGAAGUGUAUGAGCUCCUCGCUCAACUCGACAAUGUUACCAAGGAAAAGUUGAUGUCAAUAAAAACAGUGGAGAAACUCGAAAUACACGUAUCUGAACUGAACGUGAAGAUUGAGGAAUUGAACCGUACGAUUGUGGACAUCACUAGCCAUAAAACUCGGCUGUCUCAAGAGAAUAUUGAGUUGGUCAAGGAGGUGCAGGAUCUUAAGGUAAACAUCGAAAGUAUUACCUACCUGAAGACUCAACUCGCUGGUCAACUCGAGGAUGCCCGCCGUCGCCUUGAAGAUGAAGAACGCCGUCGUGCGUUGGUCGAGGCUUCGUUGCACCAGGUCGAGGUGGAACUGGAGUCUGUCCGCGUCCAAUUGGAAGAAGAAUCUGAAGCGCGUUUGGACAUUGAACGUCAAUUGGUCAAGGCUAAUGGAGAAGUUUCAAUAUGGAGGUCGAAAUACGAGACCGAGGCUAAUGCUCGUGCUGAAGAGGUAGAAGAACUUCGCCGCAAAUACUCCGCUCGCAUUCAGGAACAGGAAGAACAAAUCGAAACUUUACUUGUGAAGAUUAACAAUCUCGAGAAACAGAAAUCGCGUCUGCAGUCUGAAGUAGAAGUCCUGAUCAUCGAUUUAGAGAAGGCCAAUGCAACUGCUCGCGAACUCCAGAAGCGUGUUGAACAUCUCGAGAAGAUCAACAUAGAAUUGAAGACUCGCUUGGACGAAUCGCUCGCUAUGUAUGAACAAAGUCAGCGCGAUCUUCGCAACAAGCAACAAGAAUUGCAACGUACGAAUGCCGAACUCGAUAAGACUCGUGAAAUGAAAGAUCAAUUGGCUCGUGAGAACAAGAAACUUUCAGAUGACCUGAACGAUGCUAAGAAUCAAUUGGCUGACAUGACUCGCAGACUUCACGAAUUGGAAUUGGAACUGCGCCGAUUGGAGAACGAACGUGAAGAAUUGGCUGCAGCUUACAAGGAAGCUGAAGCAGGCCGCAAAAUCGAGGAGCAACGUGCACAGAGAUUGGCAGCUGAAUUGAGCCAACAACGUCACGAGUUCGAACGCCGCCUUACUGAAAAGGAUGAGGAGAUUGAAGCUAUUCGCAAACAGACCAGCAUCGAAAUCGAGCAGCUGAAUGCCCGCGUGGUAGAAGCUGAGAUGAAGUUGAAGACCGAGGUACAGCGUAUAAAGAAGAAGCUCCAGAUUCAGAUUACCGAGUUGGAACUGUCCUUGGAUGUGGCCAACAAGAACAACAUCGAUCUGCAGAAGACUAUCAAGAAGCAAUCCCUCACUCUAACCGAGCUUCAAGCUCACUACGACGAAGUACAGCGCCAAUUGCAGGUCACCCUGGAUCAACUGGGCAUCAGCCAACGUCGUCUCCAAUCUUUGACGGCCGAGCUGGAGGAAGUCCGCGGCAAUUACGAAUCCGCUCUGCGCGCGAAGAGAAUCGUCGAACAGCAAUACGAGGAAUCGGUUAGCCGCAUCAACGAGCUGACUACCAUCAACGUCAACAUUGCUUCAUCGAGGGCUAAACUCGAGCAAGAACUGGCCACCUUGGCUGGAGACUACGAGGAGGUCACCAAAGAAUUGAAAAUUAGCGAUGAGAGAUACCAGAGAGUGCAAACCGAACUUAAGCACACUGUUGAGAUCCUUCAUGAGGAACAGGAGCGCAUUGUUAAGAUCGAGGCUAUCAAGAAGUCGCUGGAAAUUGAGGUGAAGAAUCUAUCCGUGAGGUUGGAAGAAGUAGAAGCUAAUGCCAUCGUUGGAGGCAAGCGUAUCAUCAGCAAACUGGAGGCUAGGAUGCGUGACUUGGAACUCGAAUUGGACGAAGAGAAACGCCGACACGCUGAGACCGUGAAGAUCCUGCGCAAGAAGGAACGUAACAUCAAAGAAGUGAUGAUUCAGGUUGAAGAGGAUGCGAAGAACAUCGCCUUGCUGCAGGAGUCUCUCGACAAGGCAUCUCAAAAGGUCAGCAUCUACAAGAGGCAGCUGCAGGAACAGGAAGGCAUGUCCCAGCAGAGUGUCACCAGGGUCCGCCGAUUCCAGAGGGAACUUGAGGCCGCGGAGGAUCGCGCCGAUACGGCCGAGAGCAAUUUGACCUUGAUCCGCGCCAAACACCGCAGCUUUGUCACCACCUCAACUGUGCCCGGUUCUCAGGUGUAUCUCGUCCAAGAAACGAGGCAGGAGCUGUAAAUCACCGUCAACAGCUUCACCCUUUGUCACUUCGAACGCCACGUCGUCGUCUUUACAAACGUAUGUAGAAUAUAGAGACCGUACAUGUGACGAUGUAGGAUAAUUCGCGAUUCUUUAAUAAUUGGUGAUUGAUCAUACAGUCGACAAGGAGGACUCUGAAGAAAAAAUUCAAAUUUUUUCGCGAGAUUGAAAGACAACAAAAGAAACAUUUCUCUGUCAUUCUUAAGUAGAACGAAAAUAUAUAUAAUAACUUGAGGCUUCAUUUUAACAGGCAUCACGAACAUGGCCAUGACGAAAAACAAAAACAUGAAAAAGACGCGACGUCAAUCAUCAUAAAGGCCGAGAGAGUUUUCAACGGGCCGUACAGCAUGAUAGUUGCGAGAGAUUAAAUUGGAGCAAAAAAGCAGAAUACGCAUCUAUAUAUACAUACAUAUGGAUACGAAUGCAGCGUUUACUGUCGCGUAACGACCCGUCGUAAAUUCGAAAUUGCUUGGCCAACGAGACGCGACGCAACGUUGAAAAUACGUCGCAACGAGAAAAGAUAAACUAAAGAAAAAUCAAUGCUCAUCAUUUAAGAAACCUGUGCGAAACAUAAAAAAAAUCUUUUAAAAUCAAGAAUCGAUAUGCUCACACCGUGAAUACACAAUAAAAUCUAACGAUCUUCUCGUCCCAAUUAUGUGAAUAUAAUCGAGCGUAAGGGCAGAGAAAACGGAUAAGAGCAACCAAGAGAAGAGGGCAAUGGCAUUCACGCCAUUCUAUUCGCGCGUGUCGCAAUUGUAUAUUUAAAUGGAUAACUUUAAUUCUAUUCUAUUACUACAUAGAUAGGUAACUAUUGCCCAUAUACACAACUCUCACUGUACAACAUACACAAUAACCUGUGUCAACAUUAAUUUAAUAAAUAAACUGAAACGCGUACGUACGAA